AUGGUAUUACUAGCCCGUUCUGCCCAGCGUUACGCUCGUCCCUUAUCAACAAGGGCACUUUCUACAGCUGCUUCUGUUACAAAGAGCCCACGCCUAUCGACGUUCAGAGCCGGCACGGCCAUCCGGCCGGCUGUGGCAUCGACGGGCACCUCCCCCCUCUCCCUCCCACAUCGCAAUCCCUUCGGCUCUCCAGCCUCAAUUCGCAUGCUGACAGGUCAACGUGAAAAGGUCAAGGUUCUUCUGGUUCUCUACGACGGUGGCGAGCACGCCAAGCAGCAACCCAAGCUUCUGGGUACCACUGAGAACGAGCUCGGCAUCCGCAAGUGGCUCGAGGACCAAGGUCACACUCUCGUUACUACUUCCGACAAGGAGGGUGAGAACUCCACCUUUGACAAGGAGCUCGUCGAUGCCGAGAUCAUCAUCACCACUCCCUUCCACCCUGGUUACCUGACCAAGGAGCGUCUCGCCAAGGCCAAGAAGCUCAAGCUCGCCGUCACUGCCGGUAUCGGUUCCGACCAUGUCGACCUCGACGCUGCCAACACCACCAACGGCGGUAUCACCGUCGCCGAGGUGACCGGAUCCAACGUUGUCUCGGUCGCCGAGCACGUCGUCAUGACCAUCCUUCUGCUGGUCCGCAACUUUGUCCCCGCCCACAACCAGAUUGUCCGCGGUGAGUGGGACGUUGCCGCCGCCGCCAAGAACGAGUACGAUCUCGAGGGCAAGGUUGUCGGUACCGUUGCCGUCGGCCGCAUUGGUGAGCGUGUCCUGCGCCGCCUCAAGCCCUUUGACUGCAAGGAGCUCCUCUACUUUGACUACCAGCCCCUGUCGCCCGAGGUCGAGAAGGAGAUUGGCUGCCGCCGCGUCGAGUCCCUCGAGGAGAUGCUGAGCCAGUGCGACGUUGUCACCAUCAACUGCCCGCUGCACGAGAAGACGCGCAACCUGUUCAACAAGGACCUGCUCAAGCACAUGAAGAAGGGCGCCUGGCUCAUCAACACGGCCCGCGGCGCCAUUGUCAACAAGGAGGACGUGGCCGCCGCCGUCGCCAGCGGCCAGCUCAACGGCUACGGAGGUGACGUCUGGUUCCCCCAGCCCGCCCCCGCCGACCACCCCUUCCGCACCAUGCAGAACCCCUUUGGCGACGGCUCCGGCAACGCCAUGGUCCCCCACAUGUCCGGAACCUCGCUCGACGCCCAGAAGCGCUACGCCGACGGCACAAAGGCCAUCCUCGACAGCUACCUGUCCGGCCGACACGACUACCGCCCCGAGGACCUCAUUGUCCACGAGGGAGACUACGCCACCAAGGCCUAUGGCCAGCGCGCCAAGAAGAACGCUUAA